AUGGGGGAGAGCGCGCUGGAUCCCGGGCCUGCGCCCAGAGCGCCGGCCGAGGGCCCCGUGCACGCCGUGACGGUGGUGACCCUGCUGGAGAAGCUGGCCGCCAUGCUGGAGACGCUGCGGGAGCGCCAGGGGGGCCUGGCGCAGAGGCAGGGCGGCCUGGCGGGCUCCCUCCACGUCCUACUGUUCAAGGAGGAGGCUGACAUCCCAGCCAGAGCCUUCCAGCGGGCGCCGCAGCCCCUGGGCCCGGGGGACCAGCCGGAGCCCGGCGCGGAGCCGCUGGAGGCGGACGGCUCUGUGCUAGAACUUGUGAAAACCAAGAUGACAAACCUUUCUGAGGCCUCCAAGGACUUCAGAGUUUAG